AUCUCUCAGCGAUGAUGGGUGGGCAGAAUUGCCAUGCCGAGGUUGUUUUUGCCGAUGGCGUCGUGUGGCUGGCUCGGUUCCGACUCACAAACGCCAAUUCGCCGCCCCAGGAUGUACGAGAUCAUGUACUGCGCAGCGAGGCUGCAACGAUGGAAUUUCUGCAGCUCUAUACAAAUAUACCAUCCCCAAGAGUGUACGACUGGGCCUAUGAGUCGGAUCCAAUGAAUGAGGUUGGUGUGGGUUAUAUCCUCAUGGAGAAGCUUUCAGGUACGCCGCUGGACUGGCAGGGCGCUACCGCCGAGCAGCGUGAGAAGGUCGUGCGACAGCUUGCCGAUAUUAUGCUCGAGAUUGAAAGACAUCCUUUUGAUAAGCUCGGUUCCCUUAUAGGGACGACGGCAAUGCCGGGAGGCGAGAAGUUGAUGCCUAGAGCAACCGAUCGUCAGAUACUCGUACAGGGGCUGGCAAAGCAUUCAACCUCCCGGUCGGGUAAAGAUGGUGGGCCACUUGGACCUUUUAGCUCAUCUCAAGAGGCAUCCCGUGCCCUCGUGGAGGCUCAUCUUCGGAUGAUCGCCGGCGGGGAAAUUGGAACGCUCGAGAAAGCGCUUGAUGUAUUCCUAGCUCACAGAUUUCGAGUCGAUAUGCUCGAGGACGUCUGGAAGUCAGAAGGGGGAAAGGAACAGUUCUUCCUCAAGCACGCGGAUGAUAAAGGCGACCAUAUUCUAGUAAAUGCCGACUUUGAAAUCACGGGUAUCAUCGACUGGGAGUGGUGCAGCACGGCGUCAAGAGAGGAGGCCUUUUCCUCGCCUUGCAUGAUGUGGCCGGUCGCAGCCUUCUACGACGGCUCUAACGAGCUAGCGGACGAAGAGCUGCUGCUGGCCCGCGUUUUUGGUGAUAAGGGCCGCGAGGACCUUGCAGCGUGUGUUCUUGAGGGUCGAAAGGUGCAGAGGUGGCUUUUUGCGCUCGGUCCUGGAGGGGCGUCACAGGAAGAUAAGCGGACAUUUGCGUGUCUUUUUAUGGGACUUAAGCGGGUAUUCAAUUUGAACGGCGGCGGCGGCGGCGAAGAAAGGAAAACCGAAGAGGACAUGAUAGAGGAAGAGUGGGAGCUCUGGAAGGCUGGAGCGCUUUUGAAGUGGAAAGAUGACGAUAUGUUGCAAGAUGUACUCAAGAGUGCCGAGAGAUCAAAGGCUAUAUCAUCAAUUACCAGAAAUUGAAUCUCUCCGUAUGGUAUAUGCUAGCCGAAGGGAUUAUUACUGGGCUGAGAAAAGAUAAGUCAAGUUCGUGCAUCUAGGUAUCUAGAGGUUGAUAAUCAAAUAAGAAUAGUAAUCCAUCCUCAGUAG